AUGGAAGACUGUAAGCUACACCCAAACUACCAGGUGAAGGAAAAGGAUACUGCAUGGUUUGUGAAAUUUUGUGUUCCUUGGUGUAAGCAUUGUAAGAAUUUGGGAUCAUUGUGGGAAGACCUAGGGAAAGCAAUGGAAGGGGAAGAUGAAAUAGAGAUUGGAGAAGUUGAUUGCAGUGCAAGCAAACCUGUAUGUACGAAAGUUGAUAUUCAUUCGUAUCCUACAUUUAAGCUCUUCUAUGAUGGAGAAGAAGUUGCUAAAUAUCAAGGGGCAAGGAAUGUUGAAUCGCUUAAAUCAUUCGUUCUGGAGGAAUCAGAAAAAGCAGCAGCAAAAGCACAGCUCGACAGUGAUCAAGAUUUGUGAUUGUUAGUAAGUUGAGGAACAUCUAGAUGGAAUCAGAAGUGUUGGUGAAAGUCUCAAUGGAAUCAACAUGGUUCCACUGACUAAACAUCCCAGCUGAGAUCACCUUGUGGAUUAUAUGCAGAUUUUAUUGAAGGUCGUUUUCUAAUCCACCCUGUGAUCAGAGUUCGUUUAAUCUGUUUGAGAAGAGCGCUAAUUUUUUGUUGAAGGGCAUUUGAUCUAUUACUGAAUUGUAUCAUCAUACUAUAUAGGGAAUUUAUACUGAAAGUUUGAUGGUACCUAGUUUCUAGAUUCAAUCAUGAGAGAAUUGAGGUUGCCUCCAUGUGGUUUCAGUCAUGAGUUACAAAAUUUUGAGCAUAGAAUAUAUUGAAGCUUAAUUAUCGCUUAUAGUAUAAAAGAACAUGAUAUUAAACGAUUGUGAUACGUAAGAGAAUUUUGUUUCUGUAGUCCUCUCAUGAAAAUUUUACUUCUGUUCUCAUACCUGAUGCCAAUAAGAAAUUCCAUAUUGAUUUUUUUUUUAA